AUGGGUGGAAAUGGGUUGGUAUACUUUGUUGCCCCUUCCGUUACAGACUUUUAUUUUGUAAAUGUGUUUUCUCUUUUCCCAGAAGAGUUAGAGACGCCAUCUGCCUUCAACCCCAAAUAUCGUGUAUGCCCUUAUCUGGAUACCAUCAACCGCCCUCUGCUAGAUUUCGAUUUUGAAAAGCUAUGUUCCAUAUCGCUGACACGCAUUAAUGUCUACGCCUGCCUGGUGUGUGGUAAAUAUUUCCAGGGUAGAGGAACCAAUACCCAUGCAUACACCCAUUCAGUUGCCGAAGCCCACCACGUCUUCCUGAAUUUACAAACAUUGCGUUUCUAUUGCUUACCAGACAAUUAUGAAAUCAUAGAUUCAUCGCUGGAUGAUAUUAAAUUUGUACUAAAUCCCACAUUCUCCCAGACGGAUAUUAAUAAUCUCGAUAAAGCGGACCCCAAAUAUUCACGUACCGUAGACGGUACUCUCUACCUGCCUGGAGUGGUGGGUUUGAAUAACAUCAAGGCCAAUGACUAUUGUAAUGUUGUGCUACAUGCCCUCUCACAUGUGGGUCCCCUGAGAAAUUAUUUUUUGCGUGAACAACGUUAUGCCAAAAUUAAAAGGCCUCCCGGAGAUUCCAUAUUCAAUUUGGUUCAACGUUUUGGUGAACUUAUGCGCAAGAUAUGGAAUCCUCGUAACUUUAAGGCUCAUGUCUCGCCUCAUGAAAUGUUGCAAGCUGUGGUGCUAUGGUCCAACAAAAGAUUUCAAAUAACCGAACAGGGAGAUCCCAUAGAUUUUCUAUCAUGGUUUCUGCAUACCUUACAUAGGGCCUUAAAGGGCAAUAAAAAACCAGAUUCUUCUGUCAUAUACAAAACCUUUUUGGGUGAGAUGAAGAUAUUCACACGUAAAAUACCUCCUGUAGAAUUGGAUGAUACACAAAAAUCCUUGCUCUUGGCCACCGAAGAGUAUCAAGAAAAAUGUGAGACGACAAAUUUUCUUUAUCUGACAUGUGAUUUGCCACCUCCACCUUUGUUCACCGAUGAGUUCAGAGAAAACAUUAUACCUCAGGUGAAUCUGUAUCAACUAUUGGCCAAAUUCAAUGGUCAAACCGAAAAGGAAUAUAAAACCUACAAGGAUAAUUUUUUGAAGCGAUUUGAAGUUAGUCGAUUGCCUCAUUUCAUAAUUUUGUACAUAAAGCGAUUUACCAAGAACACUUUCUUCCUGGAAAAGAAUCCAACUAUAGUGAAUUUUCCCAUAAAAAAUGUGGAUUUUGGAGAUAUUUUGUCCAUACAGAAUCGUGAGAAAUUCGGUAAUUGUAAAUACAACUUAGUGGCCAAUAUUGUACAUGACGGAGAACCCAAUAAGGGCACUUAUCGUGCCCAUAUGCUGCACAAAGCCAAUGGCCAAUGGUAUGAAAUGCAAGAUCUGCAUGUCACAGAGAUUUUACCACAAAUGAUUACCUUGACGGAGUCUUAUAUACAAAUCUAUGAACGAUGUGCCGACUGAGGAGAAAUUUUGCAUUCUUUUGGUAAGAUCUUUCUGUACUAAAAAUUGUGUUCUUUGGGUGUUUUCUUAAGGAUUUUUGUAAUAAAGUUAUGAUGUAAGAAGAA